AAUUUAACAUACUAUAUUGCUCAAUAUAUCAUUACUUCACUCAAGGCAGCGCAUAGACGACAGGGCGGCGCCUGUCUAUAAAUUCUCAGACGCAAUAUUUUUCUCAGCUCAGCACGAUUCAACUCUUCUCAAUCGCCAACUCCACACUCGUGAACGUGCAACCUAACUUAGACCUGCAACCAUGCCAUCAGACCUGGAACGAGCAAUGGAGUCCAUGAUCACUGUGUUCCACAAGUAUGCUGCUAAGGAGGGCAGUGGCAACACUCUGAGCCGCCGUGAGCUAAGGGACCUGAUGGAGAACGAGCUCUCUGGCUUCCUCAAGUCUCAGAAGGACCCAGCCACAGUAGACAAGAUCAUGAAGGAUCUGGACUCUAAUGGUGAUGGAGAGGUGGACUUUGAGGAGUUUGUUUCUCUAGUUGUGGGCCUGUCCAUCGCCUGUGAACAGUGCUACCAGAUGCACAAGAAGAAGAUGGGGAAGUGAGGGAUGAAAAGAGGAGAGGAGGAAGGGUUCUAAUUUUCACUUUUGUAAUGAUCACACUGUCCAUUAAACACAAAGACCAAGGA